AUAACAGCAGCUGUUCUUUUAGGUCUUGGCUGUGAAAGACUCGCCUUGCUUUGAGUUCUACUGACGGUGCUCCUCCUCCUGCUCUUUGCUCCCAGAGAAGGAGGCGCAGGUCUCUGGAUGUCUCGCCGCAGCCUGAGGCUGGAGGACGGGCUGCGGGAGGGGAGUCUCCCUCACAGCAGCGCCUCCUUCAGCGGGGGGAAGGCCGACUGGAGGAACAGCAGGCAGUUGAAGCCCCGUCGCUCCUCCCUCCUCUCGGCCUCCUGCUCUUCCUCCUUGCUGCUGCCCUCCCCCCGCUCCUCCCUCCUGAACAGCAGCGUAGUUUCGGACGCCUCCCUCCUCUCCUCGCUGCUCGAUGACUCCUCGGUGCAGGAGAACUCUCUGGUCCACGCCUUCUGGGGUCUGGAUCACGACAACGACCCCACAGAGAGCACCAUCAUCGGGGAUCAGAGCACGCUGCUGGCCGACUGCACUCUGAUUGGCUCAGAGGGAGCUCUGGCCCCGCCCCCCAGCAGGAAUCACUAUGGAGACUACUCGCUGCUCUCAAACAGGAAGGAGAUCCUCACCAAACACACCUGUACCCCCUCCUCCCCCCCCUCCUCCUCAUCAUCAGAGGAGACCCCCCUGGUGUACUGCAGAGAGAGGAGGAGCAGGACAGCAGGUGUGCUCUCCUCUCUGUGGAGGGGGGUGGUCUCUCUGCUGGCUCUGAUCUCUGCUCACCUGACGCUGCUGAGACGCCACCAUGUCACAGGUGAGCUGCAGCGGUGCUGCGCCUCCUCCGUGCUGCAGCUGAGGAGAGCUGCAGAGCGCUGCGUCAGCGUGCUGCUCUCACUGCUGCCUCCCUCUGACCACACACACACAGUUCGAUCUUCUGCAGUCAUGACCCCGUCGGAGCAGCAGCAUCCCGACGCAUCUCUGCGUGGGUCAGCAGGUGAUGUGUUCAGGUGUCUCCACAGACGCUGGCAUCACAUGACCUCCAGAGUCUUCCUGACGUGGUCUCCUCUCAGACUCCUCCUGGUUCUCCUCCCUCUGCUCCUCCUCUUCAGCGUUUGGUUCUUCACCCCCGCCGCUCUGACCUCCCUCCUCCCAGCUGUGAGCCUCACGCAGUGGACCGAGGUCUCUGAAGCCCCGCCCAUCUUCUCCUCCCCCCCACCAUCAGAGGAGGUGAUGGAGGAGAAGGAGGUGCAGCCGCUCCACAUCCGCCCGACAACGGGAGCAGGAGAGCAGCAGGAGGCGCUGCAGCGUCUGGAGCUCAGUGUGACGGCUCUGUGGGAGCGAGUCGAGACGGGGGGUGAGCAGGAGGAGCAGCGGCACAGGGAGGUGAUGAGACUUUACUCCGACCUCCAGCAGCUGAUCUCAGGUCAGAGGGGCGGGGCUCUGAGCGUCCUGAUGGAGCAGCAGCUGGAGAGCGUGAGGGCGGAGCUGAAGGAGCAGAGGAGCCAAUCACAGCAGGAGGUGUUGCAGCAGCAGAGGGAAACGUCUCGUGUGGAUCAGCUGGAGCUGCAGCUGCAGAGCCUGGCUGAACAAACAGAGGAGCUGCAGUGCAGACAGGAAGCUGCUGCUACAGGUUCUCCUUCAUCAACAACACUUCCUGUUUCUCUCAGUGCUGGGGUGGACCGUCACUCCCAUGAUGCAUUGCUGUCGGAGGUGACGCGGCUGCAGGAGGCUCUGCAGGAGGUGAGGAAGCAGGUGGAGGAUCUGUCUGAGCGUCAGGAGAACCAAGAACACCUGGAGAACCAAGAACACCUGGAGAACAUCCAGCAGACGGUUUCAGAGUUGGUCUCCGCUCAGGUCCGUGAGGAGGUCCGGGUCCUUCUGUACGGGAACCAGCUGACUGUAGGGGGCGGGGCUUCAGGAGAUGACUCCAGCCCCCCGCAGCCCCUCCUUCAGUGGCUGCAGCAGCACUAUGUGAGCCAGGCCGACCUGCAGGGGGCGCUGUCCUCUGUGGAGACCAGAGUCCUGCAGAACAUCAGAGACCUGCAGAACAUCAGAGACCUGCAGAACAUCAGAGACCUGCAGAACAUCAGCAGGGAGCAACUCAGAGAGGACGGACUGAACCAAGCAGGGACCACGGGGGGGGAAACCACCGUCACUAAGGAGGAGGUGCGUGAGAUGGUGCAGGACGCGCUGAGGAUCUUCUCUCAGGAUCGAACCGGCCGCGCAGACUACGCCCUGGAGUCCGGAGGGGGCAGCAUCCUCAGCUCCAGAUGCUCUCAGACCUACGAGACCAAGACGGCGCUGCUCAGUCUGUUCGGACUUCCUCUCUGGUUCUUCUCCCAGAGCCCCCGCGCCGUCAUACAGCCUGAUGUCCAGCCAGGUAACUGUUGGGCGUUCAGAGGCUCUUCAGGAGUCCUGGUGCUCCGCCUCUCGAUGAGCGUGUCCCCGUCGUCCUUCUCUCUGGAGCACGUCCCCAGAUCUCUGUCUCCCAGCGGGACCUCUAGCAGCGCCCCGAGGGACUUCAGGGUCUACGGUCUUCAGGACGAGGAGGAGGAGGAGGGGAAGCUGCUCGGCUCCUUCAGAUACGACCAGGACGGAGAGGCUCUGCAGACGUUCCCCGUCACCGAGCAGAACGGGUCCUGGUUCCAGGUGGUGGAGCUGCAGGUUCUCUCUAACUGGGGGAACCCGGAGUACACGUGUCUGUAUCGCUUCAGAGUCCAUGGCUCACCUGCUGACACACAGGGUUAAACAACAACAACACCAACAUCAGGGGAACUGCAGAGUGUUUCCUGUGGAAAACACACUCAGUUU